AUGACUUAUGAUCAAAAACAAUUAAAACGGAACAAAGUAUCUAGUGUAUUAAAUGAAAAUACAUCAAAAAGUACAGAAAAUUUAGAUGUUACGAAGGAUCAGUGUAAUAUAGAUUUAAUUAAUAGUAAACAGUGCAACGAAAAGAACAUUAAAAAGUUAACAGAAUUGAUGCCGCCACCAAAAUAUAAAACUAAACAUAAAGCUGAUGAUAGCAGUAAUAAAGAAAAUAGAAAUGAGGAGAAUUUACAAAUUGAUAAAAAUGAAGAACAAAGUAAUACAAAGAACGAAAAUCAAAGUGAGAAAAGAUGGGUUUUAACAGAUUUUGAUAUUGGGCGUCCUUUAGGAAAAGGAAAGUUUGGAAAUGUUUAUCUAGCUAGAGAAAAGAAAUCAAAAUUCAUCAUUGCUAUGAAAGUAUUAUUUAAAGCACAAAUACAGAAAGCUGACGUAGAACAUCAAGUUAGAAGAGAAAUAGAAAUUCAAACGCAUUUGAGACAUCCAAACAUUUUAAAAAUGUAUGGCUAUUUUCAUGAUGAUAAGAGAGUGUAUUUAAUUUUGGAAUAUGCUCCAAAUGGAGAAUUAUUUAAAGAAUUGAAUGCUCAACCAGAAAAACGUUUUAAUGAAGUUAGAACAGCAACAUACAUAUCUCAACUAGCAGAUGCAUUGAAAUAUUGUCAUAGUAAAAAAGUAAUACAUCGUGAUAUCAAACCUGAAAAUUUAUUACUUGGAAUAAAAGGUGAAUUGAAAGUGGCAGAUUUUGGAUGGUCUGUUCAUGCUCCCUCUUCUAGACGAAAUACUUUAUGUGGUACAUUGGAUUAUCUACCACCAGAAAUGGUUGCUGGAAAAACUCAUGAUCAUACAGUAGAUUUAUGGGAACUGGGAGUUCUUUGUUAUGAAUGCUUGGUUGGUUCUCCUCCAUUUUUAGCUAAUACUUAUGAAGAAACAUACAUGAAAAUCAGGAAAGCUUUGUAUCAGUUCCCAGACUUUGUUAGUGAAGGUGCUAGGAAUUUAAUAUCUAAGUUAUUGACAGUUGAUUCAGAUGAAAGAUUACCUUUAGAGGAUGUUUUAAGACAUCCUUGGAUUGUGCAAAACCGAACAACGGAACCACAUGUUCAGAAACAAUAG